CCGUCACAUGACGCAGCAAUUGGCCGCGGUGACGCUGGUAUAAAUCCACCUCAGCACAUUCGGUCGGUCCUUUUCUUGUCUCCCCUCCAGCAGCAGCAGCAGUCCCACGCGCCGAAAGCAGCGGCGACUUCUUCAGUCAUGGCGGACCAGGCUUUUGUGACGUUGGCGACCCAUGACGGCUAUGCUCGGGGAGCCAUGGUUUUGGGCAAGUCCCUCCGCAACCACCACACCUCCAGGAAGCUGGUGGCCCUCAUUGGUCCCCAGGUGUCCGACACCUGCCAGUCGGUGCUGAAGAGAAUCUUCGACGAGGUGAAGGUGGUCGAUGUGCUGGACAGCGGCGACGCGACGCACCUGGACAUGAUGAAGAGGCCGGACCUGGGCGUCACCUUCACCAAGCUGCACUGCUGGACUCUGACCCAGUUCUCCAAAUGUGUCUUCAUGGAUGCAGACACUCUUGUGCUGUCGAACGUCGACGAGUUGUUUGAGCGAGAGGAACUGUCCGCGGCUCCCGACCCCGGCUGGCCCGACUGCUUCAACUCCGGCGUCUUCGUUUUUCGUCCUUCUCUGGAGACUCACGGCAAACUACUGCAGCACUGCACAGAACACGGCAGCUUCGACGGUGGAGACCAAGGAGUCUUAAAUGGGUUCUUCAGUGACUGGGCAACCGCUGAUAUAUCCAAACACCUCCCAUUCAUCUACAACCUCAGCAGCAUAGCCAUCUACACAUACCUUCCGGCCUUUAAGCAAUUUGGUGGCAAUGCAAAGGUGGUCCACUUCCUAGGGAAGACGAAGCCAUGGAGCUACACCUUUGACCCCAAAUCCAAACGGAUCACAGGAGAAGCGCACGAGGCUGCCUCACAGCCCACGUUCCUCCUGGACUGGUGGACCCUGUACUCCAGCGCCGUGGUGCCAAUGCUGCAGGAGCAACACGGGGACCAGCCGUUCCAAUCCGGCUGCGUGGAGUUCCAGUACUGUGACACGGUCCCUAUUGAGAGUGAAGAGAUCCCGGAGGCAAGCUGUUCUUCUCCAGCACAAGUCGAAACACCGCUGUCCUCAGAACAACGCAAGCAGAAAUGGGAGCAAGGCCAAGCCGACUACAUGGGCACUGACUCGUUUGACAACAUCAAGAGCAAGCUUGAUACUUUUCUCAAAUAAAGAGGCGAUGAGGUGGGAUAACCAAGGAGCACUUGUAGUUCUUUUUUUCUAUUAAAGCUGACACGUUUUAUCAAAGCGGCUCAUGCAGUUUAACCAACUCUCCAGAUGUCUAUAAAGAGGAUUCUCUGGAAGGGCUUGUUCCUCCAUGAGAAUGGACUGAAGUCUUUGUCCUCCCAGCACGAUGUUACGUUUCCCUUACUGCUUUGUCAAUGUGAGGCUGUCAUUCAGUUCUGUGCAGCACUGAAGAAAAUCAGGAAAGGGUUAGAACUUUUCAAAAGUAUUUGCCAUAUAUACAAUGUUCAUACCUUUUUUGUUUCAUGUCCAUGCUUCUAAUAAGUUUGCGUUUUUGUGACCAAGUCACUGACAUGACUUUUUUUUUUUUUCUUAACCACACCUCAGUAUUCUGCUUUUGAAACCUGUUUACAGCACCUAAAUGCCUUCCUCUGGUUACUGCACUAAACUCCUUGGUGCCUUCUUGCUCUCCUGGCAGGCUUCUCGUGCAGUUUGAGUAGCACAUUAAGUUUGAACUUUCUUGUACGUCACCAGAAUGUUUUCUGUACCGGUGUUUUGAAACUAUUAAAAUAUAACGUUUGGAUAACAA